CGCCUGUGGACGCUGUGACGACAGAGCGGCUGGCGGGAAUCCGCUGGAAUCCGCUCGGUGCGGGCCUGGAACGCUCGGCCAGGUGGGCGCUGAUUUCCUCAUUUACCCUGGUGCACGCUCUUCCAGCCUACCUGGAGCCGAGUGUUAGGACGAUUCAGAGCCAGCUUGCCCUGGAGGCGUAGGUACCACAGCACCAUGUCGUCUCCGGCAUCUACCCCGAGCCGCCGCAGCAGCCGCCGCGGACGAGGCACCCCAACCCAGACGCCAGUAAGAAGUGAGGAAAGCAGGUCAUCUCCCAAUCGGAGACGUAGAGGCGAAGAUUCUUCCACCGGAGAGCUGCCGCCAAUGCCCACCUCACCAGGAGCCGACCUGCAGAGCCCCGCUGCACAAAAUACCAUGUUUUCUAGCCCUCCUCAGAUGCAUUCUUCAGCUAUUCCUUUGGACUUUGAUGUUAGUUCACCGUUGACCUAUGGCACUCCCAGCUCUCGAGUGGAAGGAACCCCAAGAAGUGGGGUGAGAGGCACACCAGUGAGGCAGAGGCCAGACCUGGGCUCAGCACGAAAGGGUCUACAGGUGGACCUGCAGUCUGAUGGGACAGCAGCAGAAGACAUAAUAGCAAGUGAACAAUCUCUAGGCCAAAAACUUGUGAUUUGGGGAACAGAUGUGAAUGUGGCGGCAUGCAAAGAAAAUUUUCAGAGAUUCCUUCAGUGUUUUACUGAUCCUCUGGCCAAAGAAGAAGAAAACGUUGGCAUAGAUAUUACUCAACCUUUCUACAUGCAACGACUUGGAGAGAUUAAUAUUACAGGGGAGCCAUUUUUAAAUGUGAACUGUGAACACAUAAAAUCAUUUGGCAAAAAUUUGUAUAGACAGCUCAUCUCCUACCCACAGGAGGUCAUACCAACCUUUGACAUGGCUGUCAAUGAGAUCUUCUUUGAACGUUAUCCUGACUCCAUCUUAGAACAUCAGAUUCAAGUAAGACCUUUUAAUGCACUGAAGACAAAGAGUAUGAGAAACCUGAAUCCAGAAGACAUCGAUCAGCUCAUCACCAUCAGUGGCAUGGUCAUCAGGACAUCACAGCUGAUUCCUGAGAUGCAGGAGGCCUUCUUUCAAUGCCAAGUGUGUGCCCAUACCACGCGUGUGGAGAUGGACCGAGGCCGAAUUGCAGAGCCCUGCACUUGUGCACACUGCCACACCACCCACAGCAUGGCACUGAUCCACAACCGAUCUCUGUUCUCCGAUAAGCAAAUGAUCAAACUUCAAGAAUCUCCUGAAGACAUGCCUGCUGGGCAGACACCUCACACUGUUGUUCUUUUUGCCCACAAUGAUCUUGUAGACAAGGUUCAGCCAGGGGACAGAGUGAAUGUCACAGGGAUCUAUCGAGCAGUACCUAUUCGAGUCAAUCCAAGAGUGAGCAAUGUGAAGUCUGUCUAUAAAACCCACAUUGAUGUUAUUCAUUAUCGGAAAACUGAUGCAAAACGCCUGCAUGGCCUUGAUGAAGAAGCAGAACAGAAACUUUUUUCAGAGAAACGUGUGAAAUUGCUUAAGGAACUUUCCAGGAAACCAGACAUUUAUGAGCGACUUGCUUCAGCCUUGGCUCCCAGCAUUUAUGAACAUGAAGAUAUAAAGAAGGGAAUCUUGCUUCAGCUCUUUGGUGGAACAAGGAAGGAUUUUAGUCACACCGGAAGGGGCAAAUUCCGUGCCGAGAUCAACAUCCUUCUGUGUGGUGACCCUGGUACCAGCAAGUCCCAGCUGCUGCAGUAUGUAUACAACCUGGUCCCCAGGGGCCAGUACACAUCUGGAAAGGGCUCCAGUGCCGUUGGCCUCACAGCCUACGUGAUGAAAGACCCUGAGACCAGGCAGCUAGUCCUACAGACAGGUGCCCUUGUCUUGAGUGAUAAUGGCAUAUGUUGCAUUGAUGAGUUUGACAAAAUGAAUGAAAGUACAAGGUCUGUACUGCAUGAAGUCAUGGAACAACAGACUCUGUCCAUUGCAAAGGCUGGAAUCAUCUGUCAACUUAAUGCACGGACGUCUGUCCUGGCAGCAGCAAAUCCUAUUGAGUCUCAGUGGAAUCCUAAAAAAACAACCAUUGAAAAUAUCCAACUACCGCAUACAUUGUUGUCAAGGUUUGAUCUUAUUUUCCUCAUGCUGGACCCUCAGGAUGAGGCAUAUGACCGGCGCUUGGCUCAUCACCUGGUUUCACUGUACUACCAAAGUGAGGAGCAGGUGGAGGAGGAGUUCCUAGACAUGGCGGUACUGAAGGACUACAUCGCAUAUGCACAUAGUACCAUCAUGCCCCGGCUGAGUGAGGAGGCCAGUCAGGCUCUGAUUGAGGCUUAUGUGAACAUGAGGAAGAUCGGUAGUAGCCGGGGAAUGGUUUCUGCUUACCCUCGACAGCUAGAGUCAUUAAUUCGCUUAGCAGAAGCCCAUGCUAAAGUAAGAUUUUCAGACAAAGUUGAAGCAAUUGAUGUAGAAGAAGCAAAACGCCUUCACCGGGAGGCUCUAAAGCAGUCUGCAACUGACCCCCGCACUGGCAUUGUGGAUAUAUCUAUUCUCACUACAGGGAUGAGUGCCACUUCUCGUAAACGAAAAGAAGAAUUAGCAGAAGCAUUGAGGAAACUUAUUUUAUCUAAGGGUAAAACACCAGCUUUAAAAUACCAACAACUUUUUGAAGAUAUCCGGGGACAGUCUGACACAGCAAUUACCAAAGAUAUGUUUGAAGAAGCCCUGCGUGCUUUGGCUGAUGAUGACUUCUUAACAGUGACUGGGAAAACUGUCCGCUUGCUCUGAGCUGUGUGGCUCUUGGUCUAGAGUCAGCUGCUAUUCAUUCCACCACAUAAAAAUUUCCUAUUUUGCAUUGUGUUUUUAGUAAAUGUAUGUUUUUACUUUCUUUGUUCUUACAUUUUAAAUUACCAACAUAUACAGUAGAGGUUACUUUCUUGAUGUGCCACUUCAAUUUUUAAGCAUCUAUUUGUACACCAAGUCUAAGUCCAGUUUGGAGAAGGUUUUCUAAUGGGAGCUUUGCCUUUAUAUAUUACAGUGCUGGGUGCCACCCAUGGUAUAUAUGCAAGCUAUGUCCUCAUUGUGUGGAGAAUUUUGUGAUUGGAGAUAACAGAUGGCCAGGAUACAUCCUUUAUUGUGAAGUGAUGAUAGGCUAGGGACUUUAUUCCUUUUACAGCACCUAGAUUUAACUUAAUUUGUAGAAACUUACCCCCCCCCCCCAUAACUGUUCCUAGAACAAGAAUAUGAUUGAAAAUUACAAAAUUCCAAAUUGGCUUCUACUUUUUCCUAAUAUGUAAAACUAUUUCCUAAAUAAAUGAUAGAAAAAGUAAUACUAUAUUCUUUGAGUACUUUCUAGGCUAUAAAAGAAAACAAGAUAUAACAAAUUUGCAUUAAUCUUUUUAGAUCCUUGCAAUCACUAUUCUCAAAACCAUUGUAGCUUUAAAUCUUUGUUAAUAUUUCUACAAUAAAUCUCCAAACCAUUUGAAUUAUAUGAGUUAGACUUUAAUAUAACUUGUAAUCAGUUCUCACUGGUAGUGUUCAUAGAUCUAAAAUCUAAAAAUGAAGACUUACAUAUAGCAUUCAGAUGUUGAUAUUGAAGUGCUGUAUUUCAAAGGAAGAAGUAAUUGAGUUGGGACAUUACCAGAGGCCAUCUACCUAUCUAUUUGUGUACAAUGAUAUGAGUUCCUAUGUAGAAGAUGGCUUCCACGUUUCACCUUUACCUGGGAAUCAGGUCUUCAGAAGAUGAGAGCAUUAGAAACCUCACAACUUGUCUGAAGUUCCAAAACAGGAGCUAGAAUUCAUAGCUUUAUGUUCUGACUGGAACAAAUUUACCUAGUAAUGUCUAGCUCAAGUUUUACCUUGGUGUAAUGAAAUACUUUUUACACUAUGGAGACAUGAAUUUGCCACAGCGCCUUCUUACUGGUUUAAUAAAAAGCUAAACCAGCCAUUAACUAGGUAAGAGGUAUAGCCAGGUCAGUCAGAUAGGAUGCUAGGAAGAAGAAAGGCAGGGUCGCUAGGAGCCAUAGAGGGAACAAGACAUGCUGGAGGACAGAUAAAACUACAAGCCACAUGGCAUUAUGUAUAUUAAUAGAAAUGGGUUAAUUUAAGUUGUAAGACCUGUUAUAACAAGCCUAAGCAAUGGCUGAGCUUUUAUAAUUAAUAAGUCUCUGUGUCAUUACUGGGGAGCUGGGUGUCACAAUGGAAAGAUCUGACUAUACCUUGGACACACUACUCAGGCUUCAAGAAAAAAAAAGUACUGCAAACUCAUUGCCAAUGUGCAUUUUCUGUUCAUAAAGAGGAAAUUUCAGCAUUAGCAAAAGGUAUGAAAUUUCUGUUAGAUCCAUUUCUCUUAAUUGAUGAAGUCUCAAUUUUCCCUUCAGAAUCAAUCCAGAAAUCUCUUUUACAUAGGCCUUUAAUUUUUUGUUCUGUUUGUGUGGCAAAAAAUAUCCAUUCCAUAAUUCUAUGGUCUCUUUCCAUAAGAAUUCCAGUAGGAGAAUCAAUAGAAGGUAGAAUAACUAAGAUAUACUCAAACUCUGGAUCCAAGCUCAGGAUCCACAUGUGCAUCCUGUAAAUUUUUUUCCUCUACUAAUUUGCUAAUUCUCUUUCAGCUCCAGCCAAUUUUUUGGGGGGUGGGAGGCACUA